UAUGGAAAUCCCGGGAAUUCUGGUGCGAAACUCGACGAUUCCCGAAGAUUUGGGUCGAAUUGCAUACCUAUUGACCGAUAAGACGGGAACUCUGACUAAGAAUGAGAUGGUAUUCAAGAAAAUACAUCUGGGAAAGAUUUCGUACACCACUGAGUAUUUCGAUGAGUUGACGGCACUUUUGCAGGCCUACUACACACCGAUGCUCCCGGAGCCUACGAAUCCACGAAGUCAUAAGCGCCAGAUGUCUAAUAUAAGUACCGCCAGCUUUACUAUAGAGCGCCGACAUUUCCAGCGACAAGUGUCUGGACAUAUGAGAGUGGACUCGUACGAAGUGGACAGGGAUAGUGUCCAUCGGGUCCAACAGGCUGUGCUGACCAUUGCGUUAUGUCAUAACGUAACGCCCACUUACGAGGACGGGUCCAAUCCCUACUCAGACUCCGGUGACUCUAAAGUUCCCAUCGAGUCUGACCCAUUCGACAUCCCAAUGACCUCCAAAGGGAUUACAUACCAGGCCUCGAGUCCUGACGAGGUGGCACUGGUCCAGUGGACCGAGAGUCUAGGUGUGGCUCUGGUCUACCGGGACUUAUCCACAAUGAGAAUCCGUGACCCGAAUGGAAAUAUCAUGACAUUUGAAAUUUUGCAGAUAUUUCCGUUCAGUUCGGAGACCAAACGC